CCUACAGUGGUUGGGAUUUUCAGUGCGUUUGGCCUCGUCUUCUCUGUCUCCCUCUUUGCKUGGAUCUGCUGCCAACGCAAAUCUUCCAAGUCCAACAAGACCCCUCCAUAUAAGUUUGUCCAUGUUCUGAAGGGGGUUGAUAUUUACCCUGAGAAUCUCAACAGCAAGAAGAAGUUUGGAGCUGAUGAGAAAAACGAAGCAAAGAACAAAUCAGCAAUGCCAAAGAAUUCUCUCCAUCUUGACCUGGAGAAGAGAGAUCUAAAUGGCAAUUUCCCCAAAACCACAAAAAUGCAGAGCUCUCCAGAUCCCGAAAAUUCAUCCCCUAAGCACUUUGCAGAAAGGAAGAAAGAUUCUGUAUCCCCUGAUAGCUUAAAAUCCAUCACUUCCCUGUCAUCUGAAGAGAAACAAGACAAGCUAGGAACUCUCUUUUUCUCCYUAGAGUACAACUUUGAGAAAAAAGCAUUUGUAGUGAACAUCAAAGAAGCUCGUGGGCUGCCAGCAAUGGAUGAACAGUCAAUGACUUCUGAUCCCUACAUCAAAAUGACAAUCCUGCCUGAGAAAAAGCACAAGGUGAAAACCAGAGUGCUGAGAAAAACCUUAGAUCCAGCUUUCGAUGAGACUUUCACGUUUUAUGGGAUCCCCUAUAGCCAAAUUCAAGACUUAACACUUCACUUCAUGAUCUUGAGCUUCGACAGAUUUUCCAGAGAUGAUGUCAUCGGRGAAGUCCUCAUCCCCCUUGCUGGAAUUGAACUCUCCGAAGGAAGACUGCUAAUGGACAGAGAGAUCAUCAAAAGAAAUGUUAGGAAGUCAUCUGGGCGUGGAGAAUUACUGGUCUCUCUCUGUUAUCAGUCUACAACAAACACUCUCACUGUCGUUGUUCUAAAAGCGAGGCAUCUACCUAAAUCUGAUGUGUCAGGAUUAUCAGAUCCUUAUGUCAAAGUGAACCUGUACCAUGCCAAGAAGAGAAUCUCUAAAAAGAAAACCCAUGUGAAGAAGUGCACCCCCAAUGCAGUGUUCAAUGAAUUGUUUGUCUUUGACAUUCCCUGUGAGGGCCUUGAUGAUAUCAGCAUUGAAUUUCUGGUUUUAGAUUCAGAUAGGGGGUCAAGGAAUGAGGUCAUUGGCCGGUUAACCUUGGGCUCUUCAGCAGAAGGAACAGGUGGAGARCACUGGAAAGAGAUUUGUGAAUAUCCUAGGAGACAAAUUGCCAAAUGGCAUAUGUUAUGUGAUGGUUAGCAGCUUAGAGAGGGGUAGGAGCUUAAAAACUAUAUAUAUUUCCAUAGACAAGGAGCAGGGUUUUGUUUUUGUUUUUUUCUUUGCUAUAUAUAAUUACAAACUUUCAACUACAAAACUUUUUUUUUCUUUCUUUCCAAGGGAAGGGUGGGGGGUUGGAAUAAAAUUAGAUUGAAUUAUCAGAACAGAAGGUAACUAAAUUUCCACAGUAAAUAACAGAAUUUCUAUUUAAUUAAAUUUUAACAUCAUUAGUUCAGAUUCAUAUUCUUCUAGAGUUUAAAUAGCCUGUAAAUUCAGAACUAUAAAGCUCAAGAAGAACAAACUGUGCUUUGAAAAAGUCACUUAUUAGUGACUCUUAUGGAGAAGAAGAKAACCUUAUUAUAAUAUAUCCAAAAAGACCCCACACCUGUGGCUUAUUAGGGAAGGGGAUGAAUCUAUGACAGCCAUGGGGAUUGAGGGUGAGUAGGGGUGGGCAUUCCUUCUGCCCCUCMACCAAAACCUUCUUUUAUGAAAAUUCAGUUGUUUGUAGUUUUGGUUAUUUAUACUUUGAUCAUCCCAAAGAAUGAUAAUGUUUUCAGCAUUUUGUUUUACAUGUCACAUCGUGUAGAACUAGGUUUUUUUUAAAUGUGGAAACAUAUAAUUAUUUACACUUGGACUUUUUUAAUAAGGCUAUAUUUAUAAUUUAUAUUAUUACAGUGACCAAAAUUGAUACAUACUUUAAAUAGCCGAUCAAGUUAACAUACAUUUUUUUGUUAAAAGGGCUCCUUUACGGGUGACUGUACAUGUUACAGUAUAGCUAGAAUUUGGGAUUAGAUAUGGAUUGCAUUUUUUUCCUCUAGGUAGGAUUACACUUUAAGCAUUUCAAGCCAUGCAAAACAAUUUCUGUUCAGAUGAGGUAACAUACAGGAUAUUACAAUCAAUGACUUUUCACCAACUGUAUUUUAACCAUUCACUAGUACUUAAAGAAAAAUCGUUGCUUUUUUUUUUCUUUUUUUGAUUAGUUGUUGUUGUUGGUGUAGUUUCAUCAAAGACUAAACAAAAUAGUGAGACAGAGAAGAAAACCGUUUUCUGCUGUUUAACUUCCUGGACUGUAACUAAUGCCAUUACAGUCAGUACCAAUAAAGAAAACUUCAAAACAUUUUUUAAAUGUUGCAGGAGAAGAAACCAAGUUCACCUUAUAACUUCUCCAAUAAUAUGUAGACAAAGAACUUGGAAAGUGCAUUUCACAUAGAUUAUAUGAAUUAAUGUACAUUACUGACUGUACUGAAAAUGGUGGUGGUGAGGGAAAAUAACAUCCUGGUUUCAUGUCAGUGUGACACACGACUAUUUGAACUUAAACUGUGUCAGGCUGAGGAAAUUAUCAAGUGUAACAAUAACAAGUGUGCAAAUAAAGCAUUUAGACCUGUGAAAUUUAGUCUUGGUCACACCAGAUAGAUUUUUAGGCUGCCAGAACUAUAGCACAACUGUAAGCAGAUUUUUUCCUAAAGUUUGUGCACUAAUUUCUGAUACAGAAUUGUUUGCAAAUAUUAGUCCUACUUCAUUUUCAACUACAAUAUAUAUAUAAAAAAAAGAACAUAGUGAUGUUAGUUAUUGACAUAAGAAGGGUUUAAAAAGUGGAAAACCAUUUUCAGUAUUUUUUGCAUACAUCAUUUGUCACGUGUAAUCCCAUUGAAGUGAAUGAACUACUUGGGAAUUAAGGUACUGCUCAUUGUGAGUAAAGGUAGCAGGAUGGGCAUGCCAGGUUGGAACAAACCAAACAUACAUUGAAUGUCAAUCUACUUUCAUCAAACAACAGACCUAGGUCCUACUUAAAACUGUUGGGGAUUUGUUGUCUACUUUACCUGUUCUCAUAUGGCCAAAUUAUGUUUGCAGGAAAGGACACUGAAAUAUGAAAUAUGCAAGUAGACAAAUAGUACUGGAAGAAUUCCAUUGAGGCUCUUCCAGGUUUUGUGUCAGUAUUUUCUCCAGUUUUUGAGAAUGUGUUUGAUACAACAGUGUUUAUAGAUUUCUGUAAAAAUGCAUUUUCAAAAUAACAUAAACAUGCUUUUUAUGAUAAUGCUAAAUGUAAAAAUAUUGCGUAUUGUAUGUAUAAAGGAGAGGAAUCUUUUUUGAUUAUUUCUUUGGAAAGCUGAUUAACUGCUUAAGGGCCAGAGUUUGCCAGCCACAUUCAAGCAGAGAUAAUCCAAAGCCACUAAGUGAAAGAAAAAAUKCCCACAGGUUCAGUGAGGUUUGAGGUGCAAUCCCAGAGCAGAACUCUCCUGAGUCAACCCAGAAAUGUCACUGGGACCAUGGAUAUGGGGAGACAUUGUUUUGUCCARUGGAGACUGGGAGAGUUUAAGUCAGUAUCACACAAUCAGAGUUGUUAUAACUCCUAGAAGGGAAAGAGCUAAGCUGGAAAAUAUUGCACCAAAGAGAGUGGGACAUUUUGCAGCUGGAAAAGGUGGAGGUUUUUGUACACUGGCCCCUAAGUAGUUAAUUAUCUCUAAAAAUCAGAUGACAGGCAUCAUCUGUCUCCAAUGAACACAAAAUAUGACAUUAGGGGAUAAAAAUUCAUCUUAUUGAAUUAAUGCUGGGCUGUGAUCAUCUUUCAUUUUGCAUCAAACAAGUCGUCAUCAAUCUUUUUUUUUUCAGUUUUUAUAGUAGCUUGACGGUUAAUAUUUUUAUCAGCUAAAUGGAAGUUUUUUGUUGGAGGGAGGGGGGUUGGUAUGGGAAAGGGACGUAAAGAUAUUUUCAUUAAAUUUAAAAACCCUGUAAAUAGAUUUUUCUUU